AUGGCUGCUCCAAGGCCUGAAGUUGGCGAUAUCCUUCUCGUCAUACACGACUUCAUUGCUCGUAGCUCCGACGAAUUGAGCUUGGCCAAGGGCGACCGAGUCGAACUCAUUGAGAGAGACGAUGAAUUUGGCGAUGGAUGGUUUCUUGGCAAGCAUUUGGUGAACGGCAACAGCGGCCUGUUUCCCGAAGUCUACACCAGACCAGCCCCGAAGACGUCUCCUACGAAUAAUUUCUCGAAGCCGCUGGCCACGCUCCCUGAAGGAGCAAACGAACCCAAGCACCCAUCCGUUGCAUCCCCGAUUGAUAACCAGGCUGACACGCCCACCCCUCCGCCGGCUCCCGUGUCCCCUGCCGAAUCGAUCGCUCCAGUCACCCUUCCCUUGAACAGCAUCAAGCAGGAUGUCCCUCCGAGUGAGAGUGCGCCACCUGUGGCCCAUCCGCCGUCAGCCUCCCUCGGCCGUUUGAAUACGAACCAAGACCAUGUUUUGAACGAGACGCUUAAUGUCAUCGAGGAGCACAUCACCGAUCUACGCUCCAAGCCCAGCAACGGUGGAAUGCGCGCCCCUCCAACUGAUUCUGGAAGCGAAUACAGUGCCACUAUCGACCACCGUUUAUCAUACAUCCAUGGUGAGGAGACCGACGAGGAGGAGGAGGGCAUGCACAGCCGGUCGGAAGUUGAGGCUUGGUCGGCUGACGAGGUCGCCGAAUACCUAUUCACGGUCGGUGUCGAGAAGUCGCAUUGCGAGGUGUUCCGAGACCAGGAGAUCUCCGGCGAAGUCCUUUUGGGCAUGGACCAGAGCUCCCUGUUCAUCAAGGCCUUCGAGCUGGGUUCCGUCGGAAGGAGACUCAAGACGUGGCAGAAGAUUAAGAGUCUUCAAGACGAGUGCAACAAUAUCGGGGUCGCGACUAGACGCACGACGCAGACUUACGGUAGCGAGAUCGGUUCGGAAGAUGCCAAGCGUUCGCGGAGUCGGGCGGAUACCCUGACGAACUCCAUGCCCAGGAUGACACCGGUUGACGACAGGUCCAUGUCACUGAGUAGCAAACGGUUGUCCUUCUCCCAAACGCCCAAGUUGGACACCUCUCUGGUAUCACCGGUAUCACCCAUUGCUGAUAGCCCUACGCGGCCUUCGCACAUGAAACGACCUUCGGCUGCCUCCGUCAGGGAUUUGCAUCACUCCCGCCGACACUCAUCAUCGACCGACUUCCGUUUGACAGGAACGACAAUGGGCAAUGCCGUAACACCCAAGUUAGCCACGAGCGGGACGUUUCCUCAGGCAGCAGAUGGGGCCCAUAAGAAGCAGCCUUCAUUCGACAGGAACUGGACCCUCGGCAGUGCUUCCCAGAGACCGCUUUCCUCCACUGGUUUCCAAGACGUUAUGCAGCAGUCUGGUCUCCAUGCCCCGUAUUCUAAUCUCGACACCGAUCGCGGAUACUUCAGCGGCACUGAUGUUGACGGCCGACGCCGAAACGUACUUAAGAAGCGUGACAGCACGGCCAGCUACGCCGACGAGCAACGAGUCCGCAGCGCAACUGCCAUCUCGAGACACUCUAGAUUCGGCAGCAUCGACUCAACCCGCGACUCCGUCGCUUCGCCAGCCGCCCAGAAGUAUUACGGUUUGCAGUCCAACAGCCACAGGAGGACUGCCUCGACCAGCACCACUCAAUCAGCCCGUCCUGCACCUCCGGUUAAGGACACAGGAGCCCCUAGCGUCACCAAGCUCGACGGCGCCACCUCGAAGACCCGCGAAUCGCCAGCGCCAAUGUCUCCAGCAGCACGCCAAGGCAUUCAUGCGGAAUGGUUGUCUGCUGUGGUCAAGCCUUCCGUGAAGGUCACUGGCCUCCGUGCCAUCUCCGAUUCGGUUUCUGGAGACCGCAACAAAAUGUCCUCCCCUUCACCUGUCAUCACAUCCUCUGUCGACUCUCCUCUGAAGGCGGACUCGCCUAUGCACUCGCCCGCUAGAACCGGAUCGAGUACUCCUUCAGCUGGGCCAAGCUUCGAGCUGGAUUCGCCGGAUGCUGCGAAGAGCCCGAGCACCGCUACCACCAUCGCAAGCAAGGGCAGCAGGAAGAAGGGCAAGAAGGAGACCAGUGCCUACCAACGUGGUCUGCAAAAGGUCAGCCCUGCAGAGGCUGUGAAAGAAGCAGAUUACAGUGGUUGGAUGCGCAAGAAGAGUUCUAACCUCAUGACGACCUGGAAACCCAGACUGUUCGUCCUCAAGGGACGUCGCCUGGCCUACUACUACUCAGAGAACGAUGACCAGGAGAAGGGCCUCAUCGACAUCUCCUUCCACCGUGUACUCCCGGCUGACAACGAGCGACUGACUGGACUCCAUGCCACACUCACUGGUGCUGGCGCUGCGGCACACAACGAUUCCUCAGUGGAGAAGGGCGACGACGCCAUGUUCAUCUUCAAGCUUGUCCCACCGCGCGCAGGCCUCUCCCGUGCUGUCAACUUCACUAAGCCAACCGUCCACUACUUUGCUGUCCCCAACCUCAAGCAAGGCAGGCUGUGGAUGGCUGCCCUCAUGAAGGCCACGAUCGACCGAGAUGAUACCCAGGCGAUAACAACGACGUAUCAACAAAAGACGAUUUCCUUGGCCAAGGCUCAGCAACAGCGCCACCGUCCACCCGCACUGAUGAAUCUCAACGAUGCGGAAGAGGAGAGGAAGCGACUGGAGGCGAAGAAGAAUCCAGAUGUCCUGGGCAUCACAUUUGGUGAGACUGAUAGUGGAGUUUCAGGUCUGGAGAAGCCGACCUUCAAGGUUGAGCCGGCAAGUGCAAGGAAGUUGGCCUUUGACCAGGAGAAUAACGGCGUGGCUGGAGCACCACCACAAAGUGCUUGA